AAUUGGUCAGGAAACACUAAAUGGAAGAGAAUUUAGCUGAUGAUGAUGUUGAAAUUGAAUUGGCACCUAUAGUUGUUCAAAUUGCAUAUGUACAACAGAUUCUAGGGAACACCCAAGAGGCCGUUGCAUCUUAUACUGAUCUUGUCAAAAGAAAUUUGGCCGACGAGUCUUCACUUGCGGUGGCAGUAAAUAAUCUCAUUGCUUUAAAGGGUCCUAAAGAUGUCUCUGAUGGCCUAAGGAAACUUGAUAAGCUAAUAGAGAAAAGUGAUGGACCAGAGAAGUUCCAACUUGCUCGUGGACUGGACUUGAAGCUCUCACAGAAGCAAAGGGAAGCAAUAUAUACCAAUAGGGUGCUGCUGCUACUUCAUUCUAGUAAGAUGGAUCAGGCUAGAGAACUUGUUGGCGCUCUACCUGGGAUGUUCCCUGGUAGCUUGAUGCCUGUACUUCUUCAAGCUGCUGUACAUGUGAGAGAGAACAAGGCUGCUAAAGCUGAAGAAAUACUUGGACAGUAUGCAGAUAAGUUUCCUGACAGGUCCAAGGUUAUCCUGCUUGCAAGGGCUCAGGUUGCUGCAGCUGCUGGCCAUCCACAGAUUGCAGCUGAUUCCUUGGCGAAUCCUGACAUUCAACACAAGCCUGCAACUGUUUCCACUAUUGUCUCUCUCAAGGAACGGGCUGGAGAUACUGAUGGUGCCGAUGAUGUGUUUGAUUCCGCAAUCAAGUGGUGGUCAAAUGCCAUGACUGAAGACAAUAAGCUCAAUACCAUCAUGCAGGAGGCUGCUGCUUUCAAGCUCAGGCAUGGAAGGAAAGAGGAGGCAGCACGCCUUUAUGAACAGCUAGUGAAAAGCCAUGGAAGUAUUGAGGCUUUAGUUGGAUUAAUCCAGACUGCAGCCCAUGCUGACAUUGAGAAAGCAGAAGCUUAUGAGAAGCAGUUAACACCACUACUUGGUUUGAAAGCAAUAGACGUCGACAAUUUGGAGAAAACUUCUGGUGCCAAGCAAGCCGAGAAAGGUCCAAAUGCUGGUGCCACUGAAACAUACGAAGGGAAGUGUAAGGAUAAGGUGAAGAAAAAGAGGAAGAGAAAGCCAAAAUAUCCAAAGGGCUUUGACCCAGCUAAUCCAGGACCUCCACCUGAUCCAGAGAGGUGGCUUCCCAAGAGGGAGAGGUCUAGUUACAGACCAAAGAGAAAGGAUAAGAGAGCAGCUCAAAUUAGAGGUUCUCAAGGUGCAGUGGCUAAAGAGGCAGCGAGCAGUAGUGAUACGAAGUCAAACCAGCCAGCUAAUCCAAAAGGAGCCUCUCAGAAUGCAGUGCAAUCAAAGGCUUCAUCCAAAUCUUCCAGGAAGAAAUCGAGAAAGUAAUCCAACAACAGAUAACCGUUGUUUCUUUGUUAUUGUUUCCGUGGAUUCUUUUUGCCUGAUUCAUUUAGCAUUUCUGUUGUAUAACAUGAGUUAGUCUUGGAGAUGUCCAUUCAUCUAUUGUUAACUUUUUCAUACACAAGGUUGUAGGGCAGGCAUCUGAAGUUAACUUUAAUCA